AUGGUCUCUUUUGAUGAUGUUACUGGGAUGAAACUGGGUCCCGACCUCUCCGCAAAUCAAAUGGCGUUGAGAAUCGCUUGUGACACUAAAACGACUCUCAUUCAUAAAGAGGACACCAUUGAUGAGAUGUCCAGUUUUUAUGCUCCUUUCACCACUCUAAACGUAGCAGCGAUGACCAACUUCCAAAGGGAUGCAGCGUUCAGGACGGCGGGCGAAUUGGCCACCUUUAUGAAGGCGUAUGGACACAACAGAAAGGAUGAUGUCAAAGAUGAGCCGCGGUCGGGGCGCCCUACAACAAGCACAACUCCUGACAAUGUGGAACGACAGAUGCUUGCGGCAGAUCGACGACUAUCUUUAAGAAUUAUAACUGGCGAAUUGCAGAUAAGCCUAGACAGUGUGAGCACCAUUGUGCACAAACAUUUACAUAAACGUAAGAUGUGCGCCCGGUUUGUACCGCACUCGCUGUCAGACGAGCAAAAGCAAUACCGGAUGGAAACUUCUGGAGAUUUUAUCCACAUGUGUGACCGGAAUCCGCAAUUCUUGGAAACAAUAAUUACAGGGGAUGAGUCGUGGUGCUAUCAAUACGAUCCGGAGACCAAGCGGCAAUCCAUGGCAUGGUGUUCAACGUCGUCACCCCCACCCCAAAAAAGUCGUUUGACACAAUCCAGGAUCAAGACGUUGUUGAUCGUCUUUUUCGACAGUAAGGGUUUGAUCCAUCGUGAAUUUGUACCCGCGGCUACAACCGUCAAUGCGGAAUACUACGAGGUGGUUUUGAAACGGCUGCUGCUACGCAUACGCCGGAUUCGGCCACAGUACCGGAAUGGACAGUGGAAUCUGCUCCAUGACAAUGCCCGGCCGCACACUGCGAUCCGUGUAACCCAAUUCCUCGACAGGCGCCAGGUUCCAGUUUUGGAUCACCCUCCAUAUUCUCCAGAUCUGGCUCCCGCGGACUUCUUCCUGUUUCCCAGCCUCAAAGGAGUUCUGAAAGGCCAACUCUUUUCCGACAUUACUGAGAUCCAACAACGUGUGACAACGGUGCUUCCAGCCAUACUGAAAGAAGCGUUUUCAGACAGUUUCCCACAAUUGUACACCCGAUUUCAAAAGUGUAUUGUUGCUAAUGGCGAAUACUUUGAAGGCCAGUAA